GGUUAUCAAUGCCGAGAAGUCAGAGUUCAAUGAGGACCAGGCAGCCUGCUGUCAGAUCUCCAUCCGGAGGAGAGAGCCAGGUCUGGAGGAGGACGAGGAGUGGCUGAUCCUGUGCUCCACGCAGUAUCUGACUGGUUCUUACUGGGCGCUGUUUGAUGGCCACGGUGGCCCAGAAGCUGCAAUCAUCGCCUCCAACUAUUUGCACUGCUGCAUCAAGCAGAAGCUGGAGGAGGUCGUGGGAGGCAUCGCAGAAGCCCGUCCCCCCAUGCAUCUGAGCGGACGCUGCGUUUGUGACAGUGACCCCCAGUUCGUGGAGGAGAAGCACAUCUGUGCAGAAGACCUGGUGGUGGGAGCCCUGGAGAACGCCUUCCAGGAAUGUGAUGAAGUCAUCGGCCAGGAGAUGGAAGCUACGAACCAGACAGGAGGCUGCACUGCACUGGCUGCCCUUUAUUUCCAGGGAAAGCUGUAUGUCGCCAACGCUGGGGACAGCAGGGCGAUCCUUGUUCUGAAAGAUGACGUUGUGCCCAUGAGCUGUGAGUUCACCCCUGAGACAGAGAGGCAGCGACUCCAGCACUUGGCUUUUCUUUUCCCCAAGCUCCUGGAGGGCGAGUUCACACGCUUUGAGUUUCCACGGAGGUUGAAGGGAGAUGACGUGGGCCAGAAAGUCCUGUACCGGGAUUACUUCAUGGAGGGCUGGGGAUACAAGACAGUGGAGAAAGCUGACCUCAAGUAUCCUCUUGUCCAUGGUCACGGGAAGCAGGCUCGCUUGCUGGGGACUCUGGCUGUCUCUCGAGGUCUGGGGGAUCAUCAGCUCAAAGUCAUCGACACCAACAUUGAAGUCAAACCUUUCCUCUCCUGCAUCCCCAAGGUGAAUGUGUUUGACUUUGCUCUGCGUGACAUUAGGGAAGACGAUAUCCUCAUCAUGGCAACUGAUGGCCUUUGGGAUGUACUGUGCAACGAAGAGGUGGCCCAUAUGGUCAGGAACUUCCUUGCAGAGAACAGGACAGAUCCUCACAGAUUUUCAGAACUGGCCAAAUGCUUGGUAUGCAGAGCAAGAGGAGAGAAGAGAGGCCACCAGUGGUUGCUGGAUGACAGCCACGAGGCAUCCUACGAUGACAUCUCAGCAUUUGUCAUCCCUCUACACAACAGGGAUAAGGACUGA